UUCAUAAUUGAUAUUGGAGAUAUCCUUGAAUCAAGAAGCUAGUUUGCCAAUAGAAUAGUAAGGCAGAGGAAGCAACUGAUUUGAGCAGCCUUAGUUGUUCCUCAUUACUCGAUUUGUGCUCGAUAUAGGAAUGAGGAUAGUUGGACUGACGGGAGGAAUUGCUUCAGGGAAGAGCACUGUCUCCAAUCUUUUCAAGGCUCAUGGUAUUCCAGUUGUUGAUGCUGACAUUGUAGCUCGUAACGUUUUGAAGAAAGGAACUGGUGGUUGGAAAAAGGUUGUGGCCACAUUUGGUGAGGACAUCUUACUGGAUAAUGGAGAAGUUGAUCGUGCAAAGCUAGGUCAAAUAGUAUUCUCUGAUCCUGAAAAACGUCAGCUUCUUAAUAGGUUGCUAGCACCAUUUAUCUCACGUGGUAUUCUAAUGGAAGUUUUGAAGCUGUGGAUAAAGGGUUGCUCCAUAAUUGUUCUUGAUGUUCCUCUUUUGUUUGAGGCCAAGAUGGAUAAGUGGACUAAACCCAUUGUUGUCGUUUGGGUUGAUCCUAAGACACAGCUGCAGCGGCUCAUGAUUAGAGAUGAAUCAAUGGAGGAGGAGGCUAAAAACAGGAUAAAUGCGCAGAUGUCCCUAGAUCUCAAGAGGUCAAAGGCAGAUAUUGUGAUUGAUAACACCAGCUCAUUGGAAGCUUUGCAUGAGCAAUUCCAGAAAGUGUUAACUCAGAUUACCAAACCCUUGACCUGGACCGAGUUUAUGCUCGCAAGAAAUGGCGCUUUACUGGCAUUGUUUUCCACUUUUGUCAGUGUUGCUAUUUUCAAGAAAAGUGCAUGAAGGUAAUAACUCAUACAUUUUGAUCUAACACAAUGUAUGCAUUUCUGCAUGGCAGAAGACACCCUAAUCAAACACUACUUGGGUGUACUGUUUAUUAAAAAAAG